AUCCCACUAAUUAGUUGCAAAACGGGCAGGCAAUCUCGUGUUGAUUAGUAAGAUGCAAGCCUAGAGCAAACGCCGAUUUAGCAAUCUCAACGGCUUGCCCCUACAAACAACAAACAGCAUUUGUCAACCCUGGCACGCAGCGUAGUUAGCAACACUGCUUUUUAGCCAAAAAAAAAAAAAAAUAAAAAAAAUGAAUAUGGAAAGAGACCAGUGCUUUUUAAAGAAAUUCGAAGUCAGUGGGCCGCAAGGGGUCGCCAAAGACUAAACAGACGCACCUGCUACCACCCACCGCCCCUUGUCGCUCGUCCGCAUGACCAGAACAACAACAAAUGCUGCAAAACACCCAAUCCGUGCGCACACAUUUCCGUAUUCCGGUCUGUUUGCGAGCAAUCCGCAUCCCCGUGCCCAGGAACCUACGUAAAUGCCGCGAGCAAAGGUUUGAGCCGGAGGAGAGCUACUGACGACAGGCCUGUCAAGUGCAGCAGGAGUCCAAACUGAUGCGCAAUAGGUGGGCUCCCCUGUGCCUCAAACCGUCUGGAAGUCGAGAGGAAUCGUUAGGAAUCGGCGGAACAGCCUGCAGAGCACUUGCAGUCGCGGUGGCAACCACACGGCGGCUGGGCAGCUGGGCUACCUAGAAACAUCGCGAAGAGAAGAAACAGUUUAUUCGAGGAAUUCGAAUGGCAUUUGUUUUUCUCCUUCGUUGCAUGCCACCAAACGAAAGAAGAUGAACAAUGAACAAACGCCGUCAUCAUCGGACACACCGGCGGAUCGUGUGGCAUCUGGUGGAGCAGCUGCCAAACUGCCAACGAUCAUACCGGACACGCCCAUCGUCUCGAUUGCCGCUGGCACGAUGAGCGAGAGCACCACGACGACCACCGUCACCAAAACAACGCCGACGCCGUUCCCACAGGAGCAGCUUAUGACCAUGAUGUCAGACCAUGUGGCGAAGGCAGACGCGCAGCUUGACGAGGCCUGUAGGAACCAGGGGGCCAAAGACGAGGACAGCCAAGGAGCGGCACCAGUGGCUGCCAACCAUGUAGCCACCAGCGGCAGUAGCAGCAGAGGCAAUGACCCCAAGAAGUCAUCAUCCCCUAGUAAUAGCCAUAGCUCUGGUAACCACGCAGCCACGGCAGACGCUGCCAAAGGAUCCGCAGCAGAAGCAGCAGCAGGAGAUACGUCCUUCUCGCAGGUCUUUGCCAUGCUAAAGGAUUCGCCCAGCGCUGAACUGUCGCGACCAAACCGCAGGGUACUCCAGUACGGAGCCACUGCCAAGGGCAAGACCCAGGACGAUCAGAAUGUCGGCAAGCGACAGAAGAAGAAAAAGACAAAAUACGAUACCUGGGAAGAUAGCGAUUUUAAUGAUCUGGACGACGCAUCAUUGAAGAAACUUCUCGAAGAGGCCUACUGGUAUCGAAAUCCUGGCGACAGGAAGAACAAGAGCGAGCGAUUUCUGCAAAUGCUCAAAAAGGCUGAGUACGACGAAGAGAUCUCUUAUCGUGCCAUCAAAUCCUGCCUCACAAUCAACCCAUCCGCACUAACGUCCAGUGCAGCAACAGGCUCGAGCGGCGGGAGCAGCAGCAGUGCAGGGCACAACAGCAGCUAUAAUUCCACCAAUCACCGGUCAACGGAUCCCGGCCAGCGGCACAAGCAGGGCGGCUCCCUGCAGGAUCUCGUUGAGGCGGCGCACCGCAGCGAACUGGCCACAACCUCGGCGGCGGCGGCAGCAGCAGCGACAGCGGCAGCAACCCAACGUUUCAACUGUGAUUACCAGCUGAGUGGUCGCUCCAAUCGCCGGCAGCAGCAGCAGCAACAGCAGCACAACCAAAACGCCACCUCCUCCGCAUCCGCAUCCAAAAAGAUCAAGAACUUAAACGUCUCGGGCCGGCAGCGCGAAGGAGGCAGCCUGCCCAGCAGUGUUAACUUUGAGCCGGCAUCGUCUGCCAUGGAAGCCAAGCAGAAUAAGCAACAGGCUCAGCCUUCGACAGAAGCUGCAGGUGGCUCGUUUUCGGGGUCGGUCGGUAACAAGCACCACCACCGCAGCAGCACCGGCAGUUGCAGCAGCCUGAUAACUCAAUCGCGCGAUACGGAGGCAAACAAUCAGUUCGACUUGGACAUGGACGAUGCGACGGGUGUUGGUGCCAGCGCCGUUGUCGGUGCCAGCGGCGACCAAGACGACAACAUGUUGGAGCAAUUGGAUCCUCAGAACCCCUCGAUGAAGUUUCUGAUUGACGCCCUAAACGACACGCCAUUGGAGGCCAGGUACACCGGUGCCGGCAAAAAGUUCCUAAUCGACGACCGGUUGCAUUUUUCCGUCCUGGAGCUGUCUGCCAGGAGGAAGCUGCAGCAGCAGGCACAAUACCUGGCCGCCCUCACCGGACAAUUUGGUCUCGGCCUGGAGGAGGAGAAGCGCAAGGUAGAGGCCGGCUACGUGUCGCUCAACGACAACUACACGGCGUGCUCCUCAGUUUACGGCGGCGGUGCAGGUUCGCCAGCUGCCGUGGAGGGCAGCAAGCCCUCUACCUCCUCCUCGGCCGUGUCUGGCGGUAGCAACUGCGGUGCCUCCUCUGACGCACUGUCUAGCGAUCUGCGACCUGCGAAGAUUGGACGCAUGGUCCCCGCCGCAGCGGCAGUGGCAGCUGCGCCAAUGGGUGGCAAGACGACUACUCGACAGCUAGACGAGAAUGGAAAUGCAUUGGGCGAUGGUUUCGGGGGCAGUGCAGCCAGUGGCUCCAGUGGCGCCAGUGGCGCCAGUGCUGCCGCCAGCAGUAGCAACGGCAACGGUAACGCAAACCAGUUCACAGCUCUAAUAACCCCCACGGUGGGAUCCAGUGUACCCACCUCUACUGUCGCUCACCGUCAGAAUAGUGUCUCCACGCUGCUCUCCACGGGCACCAACACUACAACAACGGCCAUGGCAGCGGCGGCGGUGGCUGCAUCCUACAGCCAGUUGCAACAGGCACCGGUCGGAGGCGCGGCUGGAACGGUUUCUGGGAUCGGCAUUGGCAUGCAGCAGCCCACCAAGCAGAAGACGAAGAAGAAGUCGCAGCAGGAGCGCAACACCACCACCGUCGAUGUGGAGUCGGUUGCCGGCUAUAGGGGCAAUGAUCCUGUUGAGCAGCUCGUCAAGUACAUUGAAAACGAUGUCAACGGUGGCGGAAACAGUGCCGCUGGACAGCGCAAGAAGGAGCGCAAGAAGCAAAACAAGCUCAAGAAGAGCAACUCGUUGGAGGAGCUGCGCACCUGCUCAAAAAUGGAGGUGGACGAUUUGAAGCGCCAGUCGGCGACCACGGAGAUGAUGCGACAUAAGAAGGGCACGAACAAUGCAUCCUCGGGCGGAUCGUCGUCGACGGCCUCUGGUUCCUCAAACAGUGGCAAGCACAACUCGGCAUCCGUGGCGGAUAUUAACAAAAACUGCAACAAGGAGCAGCAACAGCAAUCGACGCCGACGGUGCAAGUGCGCAACAGCAACAAUCCAGGAACGCAGCAGCGGAAGGGCGAGCGUCGGUCCUGGGGCACCGAGGAGUUGCAGUACCUGGGUGACCACCAGGAAAUAUCCGCUGCCUGGUCGGAGCUGGAGACUGUGGGCCAGAAGGAGCUGCCGCUGGCGCUGCCCGCCUUGGCGCGCAUGUCCGAACUGGAUGCCCUGAAUACCGUCUUGUCGGAGACCGCUGAGUUCCAUGUGGUUACCAAGAAGAAGAAACCAAAGAAGCAGCGUGCUGUUACCAUGGACGAUGCGGCGGUGGCUGCAGCUGCCGUCACGGGCGGCAACUUACAGCGCAUGCAGCAGAUCACCAAGUCCGCGUCCUCCAACAUCAUGUCCCAGCGGAUGCACUACUAUACUCCGUACAACAGCAACAAUGGUGGAGGCAGUGUCAACUAUAAGCAACAGCAGCAACAGAGCCAACAGUACCAGGAGCACUACCAGGCGCCACAGGGGCAGCACCACCAUCACCACCAUCAUCAUCACCACCAUCAUCACCAUCACAGCGGCUCGGCGGUUUCGAAUCAGGUGGAUAGCUCACGGCGCAAGUCCACGUCGUCUAUGCCCCCAUCGGAGAAAUCUGACUCCAGUGAUCUCGACUCGGUCCACUCCCUGCCCAUCCAGACGGGGAAGAAGAAGAGCCUAGGCGGUGGCAACAACAAACAACGGGGGGCGCCGUCAGCCAGUCAACGCCAGGCCAAGCAAAACAACAAUGCUGCAGCCCCCAUUUCGUAUGCGGAUAUCGCCCGGAACAAGCAGGAGGCUCUAAACAAUGCCACGGCCAGCGACACCGAGUUGGAGCUGGGCGACAAGAUGCAGAUCAAGAGUGGCGGCAAAUCCAAGUCGCGACCCGAUUUCCCGGAGCUGCCAGGUGCUGUUACGGCAGUGGCUGCCAGUGGAGGUGCAGCCAAUCAGGCGACGGUUGUCAGCAGCCAAAAUACGCCACCAUCCUCGUCCAGUUCCAUCAGUUAUUCGCAGAGUCUCAAUGCAACGCCGCCCAGCAGCAGCAGCGAUGCGGAGUCCACCAACUCGCCGGAGCUGCUGGCGCAGGUGCAGAUACCGGCUUACAGCAUGAUCACGCCAACUCUAACAGCCUCCAUGAUCAGCAGUGUCAGCAGUUCUGUCGCCAGCACCUCUUCCACAUCCUGCUCACCGCCAGCUCUGCAGAAAUCCAAGAGCGUGGAGCACGACACCAGCUACAGCUGCAAUAGUAGCAACUUGGAUCAACAGUAUCCGGCACUAGAAAAGACCGUCAAGCGGCAUAGCACCAACAACGUGUCUGUGGCCGUCGCAGCCUCCACCUCGGCAUCGGCGUCCUCCUCGUUGUACAACUUUGCAGCGGCAGCCAAGCAGCAGCUGACAGAGAACACCCAUUCGGCCGUAUCGCCGCCGGCAGCUGUAACAACUACCUCAACCGCAGUCGCAGCCUCAGCUCCAGCUCCAACUACAGUUACAGUUCCAGCUGCAGUUACAGUUCCUUGUUAUUCCUCAUCCUCCACACACGGCUCGACUCAAACUUCAACUUCUACUGCAUCGUCUGCUAUAGCAGCUUUACCCUCGGGCAAGGCCAAGGCCAAGCCAAAGGAGCUAUCUCCCAGCAGCAGUUGCAGCAAGAAGCCAACGAAGCCUAGUCAAGAUGUGCCGUCAAUCAGUCUGUCCAUUUCCACCACGCCAAGGGCGACGACCAGCACCAGCACUACUACUACACAAAAGACCACGGCUGCCACGCAGACCGAGGGAGCCAAAAAGCUAAUCGGCGGGAUCCACAAGCUGCCCAGUAGCAGUUGUAUUGCGAAGGGAGCCGGAGCCGUUUUGGAGGCCACCGCCGGCAGGCGUGCUGUUAUCAUACUCAACGAUGAUCGCGAAGCAGGCAGGAGCAACAAUGAGUUCAUAUUCGGUGAUUUCAACGAGGAUGAGCUAAAACUCUUCGACGACAACUUGGAUGAUGAGGAGGAGGGCCAGCACAAGCAGUCUUCAAACAAGAAACAGCAAACUGAAGGGGAAUCUGAUGUGACCCAAGAUGACACCGAAGACGUGGACCAAGAUCUGGACAAGGAACUGGAAUGCCUGGGACGACGACCAGAGAAGAAGCAAGAGCGACAGCAGGAUAUCAGCGCCAGCAGCGAUCAGCAUCUGAAUGAUUCUGGUGCGGCUUCGGAUGCAGUCAACAGCUCAGCCAGCCUUGACAUGCUCUCAAUUUCUGCAGAGGCGGCACAAUCGUCACCUAAUGCGGGGGCAACCGCUACCUCAUCCAGCGUCGCCAGUCCCAUUAACUCGUCCACGCCCUCGGGUGCUUCGUCCGCAUCGGCGAGCACGUCCACCUCAUCGUCCUCGGUCUCGAUUUCAUCAUCGUCGGGCGGCAACGGUGCCGCUUGUCUUGCAUCCGUUUCCGGUAUGCUUGGUGGAGUGGCCAAUCAGUCCGGGGACAGCGGCAUCUAUGCUGCCGCCAACACGUCUAUUAAGGAGCACGUUAACACUUUCCUAAGCAAGGCCAGCAGCAGCGAGGAGACGCUGCCGAGUCCCAACUCCAUAUCGAUGCAACAGCUGGAAACAUGCAACGACAUCGAGGCGGCCAUCAUAGCCGCAGCCCGUGCUGCCGCUGCUGCCCGGAGCACCAGCUGCAGUCGCAGCAACUCUCAGGAGCAGGAUGCCUUGCAGCCGCAGGUCAAGACCAAGGCGACUCCCAAUCCGGAGGCGAAGAUGGUUCUGCCUGUGUUUGUGACCUACAACAACAACAACAACGACGACGAUGACGACGAGGAGGACGACGAGAGCCUGCAAGAACUGAGCUUCAUGGCCGACCUUAAGGCGGAUGCAGCCACGGAGGAUAUUGCAAUGCAGCCGCCACCGCCUUCAUGUCCGGCGAUGAUGACCAACACGGAACUAAUCGUCGACUACAUCGCCAAAACCUGGAAUGCCAUUGCCAACAGUAAGUACGUAACGUACUACAACGAGCAAGAGCAGGAGCAGGAGACCUAGAAACCACACAAACAGCAAUCGCUGCAGCGUCAGCGAAAUCGAAAUCAGCAACAUCGGCGUCAAUCACAAUAGCAACGUCAGCAAUAUCGGCAGCAAUCUAACGAGAGCAUCCAACGUCGGCUGAAAUCAGGAGAGCAGAUUGGUUGGAAUAGAGUGUUCUAAAAGUUAAAAUUUUUUUUUUUUUUGCUGGGCUAUUGUUUAUAUAUCUACCGAUAUCGUACACACACUAUAUAUUAUUGCAAUAAUGAUACGCUUUAAUGCUAAUUAAUGUAACGAGUCGAUAGCCGAACUAUUGAUUAACUUUUGCAAGCGCGGCAGCCGAGGAUCAGGGUAGACAUCUAACCCAUGGGGUCACCGUUGUCAAGAAGUAUCUUCAGGUGUUUCCAGUGUGAGUGCAGGAGUACAGGAUCGUGUCGGCUAGGGUUCCGGUGCCGCAUGCCUAAUAGGUUAACUGUUGCAGAAAGAAAAUUUUAUAGAGAAGGAGAGCGUUCAGCUGUGAAUAAGAAGGAAAUCAUAACUAAAUGAAGUGAUCUUACGAAAGCUUCAAGUGAAUAUUUAUUUAACAUAAGUUGACCGAGAUUUAAACGUUUUUUUUUUUUUCGCCUCAAGAAGCGAUGGUCAGAUAGUGAUGUUCAAUCAAGCAUUUGGAUCUGCUUUUGUUAAUUUACAACCUUCUGGAUCCCGAAAACGCAACGUUUUACCAUUACUAUUACUAUUAUUGUACUUUAAUAAUUAUUAUGCAAACGUUUUUUCGUCAUUGUUUCAUAUGCCCAAUUUUUGGGCGCGUUGUUUGGAGGAAAUCCUAAUCCUAGAUAUUAAACCGAGUCAACGUCGCGUGUACAUAGUGGACCAGAAGUCGUGUGGGCAGUUCGAUCUCUGUGUUAUGGAUUAGUGGAAACAGAACAAAUCAGAACAGGAUAGAACAGAGCAAAACAGAAAGCCCCACGGAAGAUAUUUGAUAUGUGUGUAUGAUAACGACUAUUUAAAGUAAACUAUGUAAGGCCGCUUCUUUGCUCCGGCUAGCCAUAAAUAAGCCUCAAGAGGAGAGUAUGUUAAACCGAAUAACCGAAUGCAAACAGAGAACCACAAAAUACCGGCAAAAACACUAUUAUGCACUUACGAAAAAUGCCGCCGUUUAGCUGGGAGAGCCUCAGAUGGUCUCUCCGAGGGUAUAGAAGUAUAGAUAUCGUAACUAUUUAAACAAGAAUUAAUUUAAAAGUAACAAACACGAAAAAGUUCGGCAGUGAAGAAAUGAAUUGGAGUCAAAGGCGGAUACGGAGAAACAAACAAACAAUAAGCGUUAAGUAAACUCGUAAGUAUAAAGAGCGCAACUAAAUUGCUAUCAAUAGGAAUAUACAUUAUAUACGUGCAUCUAUUAACGUAACUUUUUUUUUUUUAAAUGCAAACGUUAACCGUUUAAAAUCGAGUAUGUAACAGCAGGUAGCAGUUAGGUGAACAAAAGUCGGAAUAAAAUUACGGAAAUAAAUCAUUAAUUUAAAGUAUCUAAAGUGCGAAUCGAGAAAGCCUAUUUAAAGCUAAUCAUUAAAACAUUUAAAAGUCCCAUUUGGAAUGCCCAGAGGAAGUGGGCAUGUCCGAAUAAACAGAACAAACAGUGCGAAAUGUUUUUUAGAUAUAUGUGAAACUGUUUUGCUUCAAUCGCUGUAUAUUUUGAAAAUAAAAGUUAAGUAAUAUGCCGUAAAGCGGGACAUGUAUUCAACACCACUCAACACCCCGAGUCCUGACCCUUGAACCUUGACCCUUGACCCUCUAAAACUCCGCAUGCAACACUCGGCCAGAGCUGUUGCUGUGCUGCUCUAAACCAUGUUAGCCAUCCGCAGCAGAAUCAAAAGUCAGAGCAGGAGAAUUUUAACUGAGUUGCUAGGAGGACGAUAAUAUGGAAUAUAUGAAAUAUUUGUAUCUGUACCACACACAUUAAGCAAACAUUAAGGAAACACACACUAGUUUACAAAUUUGGCCUUUUGGCGGUUACCUUAAGGAGCGUUAUAUUUUCUAAUUAAAAUUCUAAAGCGAAUGAGUGUAUCCGAACCCAGCUAACUGUAGGUUUAUCAUACGAAUAUUAAUACCAACCUGCGAAUGGAAUAAACCUGUCAAAAUAUUGUUUAGUGAAUUGUAUUUCAAACAAAUUAUUUAAAUACUACGUGUUUUAUAGUCGACUGGUUAUUAUACCCGUUACUCGUAGAGUAAAAGGGUAUACUAGAUACAUUGAAAAGUAUGUAACAGGCAGAAGGAAGACUUUCCGACCAUAUAAAGUAUAUAUAUAUUCUUGAUCAGCAUCAAUAGCCACGUCCGUCUGUCCGUAUGAACGUCGAGAUCUCAGGAACUAUAAAAGGUAGAUGGUUGAGAUUCAGCAUAAAGAUUCUAGAGACAUAGACGCAGUAUAAGUUUGUUGACCCAUGUUGCCACGCCCACUCUAACGCCCACAAACCGCACAAAAAUGUCACGCCCACACUUUUGAAGAAUUUUUAAAUGAAAAAUGAUAAAAUUUCGCGUUCGCAUUCACAUUAGCUGAGUAACGGGUAUGUGAUAGUUGGGGAACUCGACUAUAGCAUUCCCUCUUGUUUUUCGCCAGUAAACAUUACUUCCUUUUACAUCCAACGCUCUUUUCGAAAAUAUCAAAACAGUUUUUCCGUUCUAUUUAGAAAACACAUGUUUAAUUUCAGCAAACUCAAAUUAGUCUAAGAAACGUGUUUUAAAGACGUACAUCUUUCGUGUAAACUAGUGUUAUAUAUGUACAACCACUAAGUCAAACUAAGCCAAUGUACACUGCAACAAUUUUAGACAAUUGAGAACUAACGAGAAACAGAAACAAGAUACACAAAACCGAAUAUAUAAGGGUAUGGAAAAGAACAUGAAAUUAAAUUAUACGAUAGGCCAGUAAUUAAACAUAAUACUGAAAUAUUAUUAAUUACUUAUAAACAAACGGAAAAAACACAAAAAAAAAAGUUUCUUAUGUGUGUAUUUAUGUAAUAUAUAUAUUGUAGUUGUGUGUAUGUGUAUAUAAAUAGUAAAUUGCGACUCGAGACAAAGAAAAUCACAGAGGCAUACGAAGAAGGAUCAGUCAAGAUAAUCGGACAUUCAUUUUCCCCGCUUAUAGUAAACCGCCUUUUUCGUAGGACGAGGGUGGCUCGAGCUUGGAGUUUGAAGGUCGAGACAUCGGCCGACAGACCAAAACUAGGAUCGUUUGUUUUAGUUUGGCCUUUUGUUUUUACGUAGCUAGCGUAUUGUUCAAUUUAUCGGAUAUUAGAUAUCGGAGUAAUCGCUCGAGUUGCGUACAGUUCAGUCUGCAUUAUUUCCGUCUUGCGUGCACUUGUUGAGUUUGAAAUACAAAAUAACAAUAAUUGGGAACGGAGUGGAGUGGCGAGAAUUGAAGCAGCAGAGAGCACAGUGGGAACUAUAAUCAUAGAUAUACAUACAUGUAACAAAGUCUACGACUAAGUCUAUUUACUACUGAUGAACCUACUAAGUAACCCCCAAUUCCCGAUCCCCCAAAAUUCCAACCCAUCCCUAUAUAUAACUUAUACAUACCAAUAUUUGUACAUGCGAAACAAGCGAAAGGCUUUAGAAUUUAAUCGUAAUGGUCCGAAAAUCGAUUAACCAAUCGAAGCAGAAGCAGCAACUGAAUGGGAAACCGAAAUUUAAUUUAUAAUUUGUUUAAAUUAUCAUAUACUGGAGAGAAGUGUAUUUCUGUGGAGAAUCGAAAUAAAAUUUAACAAAAAAAAAAAAAGAAAACAGCUGCAUUCGAUUUACAAUGAAUUUCGAGGGUUGGGUACACAUAGGAUAUUGCAGGUUUAAGUAUUGAUGAAUGGAGCUGAUGGUGUAAACUAAGGUACCAGAUUUCCUGCAUCAGAUCUAUCCCUUGGGCACCGGCAGAAGGCAACUGGAGGACAUCAUCGAGCGGAAAUGCGACCGGCGUGUUAGAAAUUAAGCUAUUAUUAUUAUUAGUUUUCUAUUAUUAUUAAGACAUAGGAUAUUAUUUAUACAAUAUAAGUGAAUAAAAUAUU